AUGGAUUUCGAGUUCUUUACGAUCAUGCUCUCAAAUUCGCUAAAGAAGCUGAGGCUGCCACAGAAAUUCGCCAAGAUGCUCUACGGCCGUGAGCCACGAAAAAUGAAGCUCCGGGAGGCUGGGCGCCGGCGCCUCUUGUGGGACGUGGGUGUAGUGCUCGACGCGGAGGGCCACAUCUACCUGGGUCACGGGUGGAAGCAGUUCGCCCAGGCUCAUGAUCUUCGGCUCGGGCACUUCCUAGUCUUAAGCCACGACGGCCACGACGUGCUCACCGUGAAGGUGUUCGACGGGAGCAUGUGCCGCAGGGACUACCAGCACGACGACGAUGCUAGUAACGGGACCAGCGGCGACAGUGGCAAUACCUUGUUUCUCAUCAUGUACAUGGUUCGACCUCUGGCACAGCAGGGAGCAGAACGGGAAGGGGAAGCACCAUCACAAACAGGGCCAGAGGAACAUCGCGUGGAGCAGGGUGUCAAAUUAGUUAUGCAAACACCCAGGUGGCUUUAUUCCAAGAUGAGUAAUCCAUGCGAUUCAGAUGGAAGCCAGAAGGAAAGAUCUUAUUCGUCUGAGGAAUUACCAGCAGAAGACAGUCUAUCUGCAGACAAUUCUGUGGAGUCAGCUAAUCAACGAGCGCUUUCGAAUAACUAUGUCGUAUCAAUGCAAUGCUAUCUUUCAAAAGCACAGAAGGUGAAAAUAGAUGCUCUUAUAGAGAAAAUUGAACCUAGAUUCACAGUGCUAGUUGUGCAGAUGAAGAAGUCAAACAUAGAACGGCAUACCCUGAUAAUACAGAAGGAUUAUGCAAUCGAGCACUUUCCAUGUGAAGAUACAACUGUCAUGCUCCAACUGCCUGGGAAGAACAAGGAUUGGAAAUGCACAUUCCGCAUAAGGCCAUCCGGCGCGUCUGAUGCAGGUCGGCGCAGCCUCUAUUUGCACAACUUUACCUGUGACAAUCAUGUUAGGGAGGGUGAUAUCUGCCUCUUCCAACCAAUGACAAAUGUUGAGCAGAGAAAAUUCGUAGUAAGAGUUCAUUUCCUGAACAAAGCAUCGAGCAUUGACCGUUCCCCUCUGGAAAGAACUGACGCUGGCUCAAACCGCGGAAGGCCAAGUGUAAAGAUGGUCUUGACAGCCAAUGUUAAAGAGGAGCCAGCUAGUGAUGGUGAAGACCAUGGAUAUUCUUACAAUUCAGAGGAAGCUUGGGAGCCUCUUUUUGUGCCACCAGACAGACCUCGUCUAACAGAUGUGCAGGAGAAGAAAGUAUGGAAGAAAAUCCAUGCUAUUAAAUCGGAACUGCCCAUCUACGUCACGGUUAUGAACAAAACCAGUGUUCGUCUCUGCAAGUCACCCUACCUCACCUUGGGCAAGAAAUACGUGUCAAGGUAUCUUGAAAAACAGUACUUCACCGGGCAUCACGGAAAGAAGAAUAUGAUGACUUUGGUGCUUCAGCGGGAGGGGAAGAACAGGAGGUGGCACACAGAGCUGCGACUAGGAAGUCAUCGCGCAACGAUCGCUAAAGGAUGGACGUCUUUCUCCCGUGACAACCAUCUACAGGUGGAUGACCUCUGCCUCUUCAAGCUGAUGCGGAAUGAAGAGACGCUGAAGAUGAUGGUCCACAUCAUUCGCCGUAAGAAGUGCUUAGCUUGA